GCUUUGCUUUGUCUCGUCUCUUAAAGAGCUCCACACCAUAUCCUCUAGGCUCAAAAUUAGUUACUAACACUGCCUCAUCUGCUCAUCUUGUCCACUUGUUCUAGCUAGCUAGCUUGGAGCCUCUGAUUCAUGGACUUCCCGGAAAAGAAGGCUGGAUCCAUGGAUCCGGUGACCGUGGCCAAGAAGACGCCUCGUCCGGUUGAUGUCCGCGCGUGGGCGCUCUUCACCGCCUGCGCCACCGCGUUCUCCCUUGCAGUGGGCUACUCAAUGUCACACGCACACGCACUCGACCACUUCCACGCCCCCUGCUGGCAGUGGCAGUUCUCCUUUCUGCCUUGUGACCACCUGACGGACGCGGACAAAGCCGUGGUGAACGCCGUCUGCCUCGGGAAGUUGUCCUGCAUCCCGGUCGUGGCGGCCGGGCCGGUGCUGGCGCCGCGCCUCCUUUUGCCGCCGACGCUGGGUCCGCCGCGCCUCCUUUGCCGCCGACGCUGGGUCCACCGCGCCCUCGCCUGCCUUGAGCUCGCGCUCACCAUCGUCGGCCACUGCCUGUACGCCACCGCAACCUGCCUCGCUACAUGA